AUGAACUUCUCAAGCAGCAACGACAAGCUGACUUUCGUUAUGAGGCCGACUUGGAUGCUGAUCCUGGAAUCCUACGAGCGAGAGGCCCAAGGGAUUGCUGUUCAAGUCGUCGAAUUCUCAGCCAGACUCGCCGCACAGAUAAAGGAUUCAGCGGCCACAUCUCUAACGAGCCUCAGAACAGCAUUUGGCAAGGUGCAUGAGCUAUGCAGCGAGCUUCACGGAGACUUUGAUGACCGAGGCGGAGACACCGAAGUCGUCACCCGCAUUGAGUCAAUCUUGAGUGAAGGGGUUAAUGCCUUUGCAGCAGCAGAAACUCUCGCCGAGGACUCCUUCAUUCAAGUUUCCCAACUGAGCCAAGAGAUUCGAGAGACGACGGACAUAAAGAUUCAGAACCUCCAAAGCGCAGUCACAGAGUUCGAAACCAUUGCAAUGCCUGAGGCAUUGGAACAAGCCAGGGCAGAACUUAAACACACAGAAGAUGACAUUGAAGUGAUGACGCGGGGAGUUGUAGCCGUCGCGGAAGCUGCCGCUAAGCUGAGGAGAAUGAAAAGAAAGCUAGAAAAUACGAUUCCCAAAUGGGCCGAUCCGACGGGGAUAGCUAGGCAAAUAUCUGGUAUUAAGGACAAAAUCAAGGACUGCGAACGGGAGGAGUCCAACCUUAAUGCCAGCAUUGCCAGUCAAACUGCGGUUCUCGAGGGCUACAAGGAGCAGCUCGUCGCGCUGGAAAAGGCGUACCAUGACCGCGAGCUGGGCCAAACCAGGAUCCCGGAGCUGCAGGAGAGAAUUGCUGCAACAAGCGGCGCUUGCGAGAAGACUUAUGCCGACACAGUCACCACGAAGCAGCAGGCCGGGCUGUGCUACAAGAAGUUACUUGAGUGCAGCGUUCAGGCUCAGAAUGAUGCCGGCCUCAAGAAACGGCAGUUGGUGGAUUACAUUCUGAGCCUGUUCGACAUGGGAUUAUUCCACCCUGCAGUGAUAGAGCCGGUUCGAGUGGCUCUUCUGGAGUUGGAGAGGGACGAUGGGCCCAAGGCGUUGUUGAAGACUGAAUUUGCGGAUCGGAUCAAGGAGAUAUGGAAAAAGGUUGAUUUCAUGAUACUUGGCCAUGAUCCAUGA